UCGUACCGCUUUCAGUCGCGGCUGACUCGUCGUUGAGGUCGUAUCAGCGUAUGUUAGAGUUGCAAAGUGCAUCGAUUCAACGUGCGCGUGCUUUCUCUCGCUCGCUCUCUCUCUCUCUCUCUCUCUCUCUCUUUCUCUCUCUCUCUCUUCUCUCUCUCUCUCUCUCUUUCUCUCUCUCUUUCUCUUUCUCUCUCUCUCCCAUAUCUUUCGCACUCGCUGUCCCGUAUCACAUUUGCCUCUUCCUACACACGCUCUCCUGCUCUCUCGAAGAGCUACCGUCCAAAAGGAGCGAGCUACCGCUUUAUAAGACUACGGUCCAUCCGGUGACUACUUAUGUUACGCGUGCAGUUAGACAGCAAACAUCGCGACAGGACGAAGGACCGUAUUCGGCGAAGGCGGUGAACGGUAAGAGCAAGAGCCCGCCAGAGAUCACACGACGGACACAACGGCGUCGAGUAACGUAUCGUGUGUCGUAGCUGUCGGUGCCGCCGCCGUUACGGCCGCGGGUUCAGUGUGUGCGCGAACCACAGUGUGCAAUAUCCUUCCGAUUAUCGCGUCCGGUCCCUCGCGCCACGUCCGGCGCGAGCGCUUGCGCGCCCGUAUAAAAUCACGAGAGGACACGGCUUACCUCUGCCCAGCGAAAUUCGGCCGGAGCAAACACGGGGAAACACGCCGUCGUGACACGCCUGCCAGAUACGUCGAGCGGGAUAUGGAUUGUUCGAAGAACAACAUACGUCGAACACUGGACCGUUUCGUACCGAGCAAAAAUGAGGACACGAGGUACAAAUCGAAUCGUUGCGUGAGCGGGGGCGGUAGCCGCGGAAACGGUGCGACUGGCGGUACCGGGGGCAGUUUAGGUACUGGAGGCGGCGGUCGCGGCAGCGGGGGCGGUGGUAGCCCCGGUAGAGGCAGCGGCGUCACCGGCGGAGGCGGCGGCUGCGGGGGAGGAGGAGGAGGAGGAGGAGGAACAGACGGUAGCGUGGUGCCUACUGCACCAACGACUACCGGCCAUCACCUGCACCACCAUCACCACCACCACCAUCAUCAUCAUUCUACCACCACGACUACCACGACCACUACCACUACUACCACCACUACCACUACCACCACCACCCCCACCGGGGGCACGAGGCAUCACAGGCACAAACUGCCGGCCGGCAAGCAGUGCAACGAGUAUCGCCACCACCCGCAUCCACGUCAUCGCUCCCACCGGGGCAUGAACAUGGGCCAAAAAAUUUCAGGCGGCGUGAAGAGCGUGACGCGCGAGAGCGGAGCCGGAGCGGGCGCUGGAGUAGGCGUUGGUGCUGGCGGUACAAUGAUGUACAAAUCAGUUGUACCGCGUGAAUUGUCGCAGGACUUUUCGAGACCAGCGCGAUUGGACGUACUCCUCGACAUGCCUCCCGCCUCGCGGGAGACACAGGUCCAUCACAGUUGGAACGCCGAUGAUCGUAGUCUCAACAUAUUCGUUAAGGAAGACGACAAGUUGACGUUCCACCGACACCCAGUCGCGCAGAGUACGGAUUGCAUACGAGGAAAGGUGGGAUACACCAAGGGCAUGCACGUAUGGGAAUUGCAGUGGAGCACGAGGCAACGGGGCACUCACGCUGUAGUGGGAGUAGCGACGGCGGACGCGCCGCUUCACAGUGUCGGUUAUCAGAGUCUGGUUGGCAACAACGAGCUCAGCUGGGGAUGGGACCUUGGUAGGAACAAACUCUACCAUGACUCGAAGAAUAACAACGGCGUGACGUAUCCGGCCCUCCUCAAGCCGGAUGAGACCUUUAUUGUUCCUGACAAAUUCUUGGUGGUCCUCGACAUGGACGAAGGUACGUUAGCGUUCGUAGUGGAUGGCCAAUACCUUGGAAUAGCCUUCAGAGGACUCAAGGGAAGAAAGCUACACCCCAUUGUGUCCGCCGUGUGGGGACAUUGCGAGAUCACGAUGAAAUACAUCGGCGGACUCGAUCCUGAACCAUUACCCUUGAUGGAUCUCUGUCGAAGAGUAAUCCGACAGCGAAUCGGCAAACAGAGAUUAGAAGAAAAGAUCAACGACCUGAAUCUGCCGCAAGCAAUGAAGACUUAUCUCCUUUAUCGCGACCGAAGGUAACCACCGAGUGAAUCUCUCAUCACCGGCGAAUACGAGUGCGAACGUCACCGCGCUACAACGUUGUUGGCAUUACGACGCACAGGUGACCGCCCGCUACCCACCCUCGCAUGCCACCGAGCACAGCAGCCCUUUAGCCGCGCGUCUCCGUCAAUCAAGCGUCAUCCGAUGAUCAACAGACUGACACGCAUGAUGCGACGAAGCAUUGAGACGUACACUGGCACUUCGAGAAGACACGCCGAGAGAACGGUGUCGAGAUACCGUAUAUAUACUGACUCAUGGCGUCCGUAUUGGGAUAGACCGCGACGACCGCAGUAUUUAUCGUCGUUAUCAUCACCGUCGGUGAGCUUGGCUCAAUGGCGACUACGUGGUUCGCUCCGUAAAUCGUGAUUGAAGCUAAUUCUUUACAAUAGUAUGAUUUGAACUAGUAGGUGUGAAUUUAGUUAGUUUUUACGUGGUUUUAGUCAAAAAUACAAAAUGCAAAAGGGAAACAUACGUUAUGUUUGUUAUUGUAGGCUAUUGAAAAUAUAAUUUUAUAUUGUUAAUUUAAAAAGAAAUGAUUGCGCCAGGAUGUAGGGCGUAUUGUUAUCUUUUGCAUUGCAAGGGACGAAUAGAGCAAAAUAACUUUCAAGGUAAAAACUUUGAUGUAGAGAGAUAGAGGGGGGAGGGGAGAGGGGAAGAGAGAGAGAGAGAGAGAGAGAGAGCGAGCGAGCGAGCGAGCGAGCGGUUUCCCCGUUUCUUUUUAUUCGCUUUGGAAAAAUACGAGAUGAUGAUAGCGAUGCAUGAUAUAUGAUAUGUGCUGCUUCAACGGGAAGAGAAGAAUCCUCUAGAGACGCGUGGUCGAUGAAGGAAAGCAAGAAAUUACGCGAGAAAACACGGAAAGACCUACAGCGCUUCUCAAUUGGCCAGUAAAAAAUUAGAUUUAAUCAAGCUGAUACGGGCAUAUCGCUUACAACUGACAGUUGAUCGACAGUUAAUAGUGGGCUUGUUGUAUAGUUCAGCUUUAGCUGACAUAUACAACAUAAUGAUGUGGUUGAACAAAGGUUAAAAUGAAUGACUAAGGAAAAGACGAAAAGUGAGAGAAAAAAAGACACACACACACAGAGAGAGAGAGAGAGAGAGAGAGAGAGAGAGAGAGAGAGAGAGAGAGAGAGAGAGAGAGAGAGAAAGUAGAUAAGUGAGUGAUUGACUGUGAGUAAGUGAUAAAGUGAAUGAGUGAGUGAGUGAGCGAGUGCGAGAGAAAGAGUGAGAGAGAGAGAGAGAGAGAUGCGCAGAAAAAUGGCAAAAAAGUUUUUACGAUGAGCACUAGUAACCAGCGAGAGAUGGGAGUUUAUUUGGUUCAUGAGUGGGAUGAUUAAUUGAAUUUGCGACAAAAGUGUGUACAGUGAUGGAAGUCGACGCAGAUUGAGCAGCCACCUUCCAAUAGAAACUCAUUUUUCAAGUAUUUUCUAAGCAUGCUAGGUCUAGUAAAAUAUUGUGCUGUAUGCGUGUGUAUCAUGGAUGGAUAUAGAAGACAAAGAAAGAGCUACGGCGAAGGAGCUACGAGGUGAAGAAAAACAAAGGUUAGCUCUGCCAUAAUCUUCUCUCGCUGCACAAAGAAACGUAGACUUCACAACUGAGCUUCAUAGCGUAAACACGCGAGAAAGUAUGUAGCUGGGAUAGGCAGGGGAUUUUACGGAAUGAAGAAGUCGAGAGUGAAGAAUGCGUUUGUUUUCAAAGAUGGAAGAAUAAGUCGAACUUUAAUGUAUCCGAUAACAAGCGUAAUAAAUCAAUUAAUAACGUGGAGCAGCGGAAGAAUCAAUAAAAAUAAUUAAUAAAAUUAAUUACCUCAUCUAAGUGAAUUAAAAAUAAUAAACGAUAGUUGUUCUACUACUAUCUAGAUAACAUUUAGGAGGAAAUGACUCUUAAGACGGGCAUUGGCAGAAAUUAUUCCAAACACGAAUUAAAACUGUCAGAAUGGGCCGCUAACGUUAGUAAUUAUAAAAAAAAAUAAAAUGAACGACAAGAAGCAGGAGGAGAAAAAAUAACAAAUAAAAUACGAUGAUUAUUAUAAUUACAAUGACUACGACGAUGAGUAAUGAUGCUGAUUAUGACAAUGAGGAGCGACAAUGAAUAAUGAUGCUGACUAUAUCGGGCGUGUAACUAUUAUAUACUAUUAGCAUGACAAUUCUUGCGACUGGUCCUUAAAUAAUACCACGUUUACUCUUACGUUUGUCGCUUAGGUUAAAGGUAAUUCCGCCGACGAUGUCGGCAAUGUCGAUUUGUACAUAGAUAUAUCGAUAAUAACGAUGAUGUACGUAUGUAUUGCACAUUUGCAAAACAUGGAAUAGGCA